AUGACGGGUAUUCGAACUGUUAAGGAAGUUAGGUUGAUUGAAGAGUUUGUAAAUGGAAACGAGUCUGGACGGUGCAUUAUUGGGGACAAAAAUGUAACCUAUCUUGAUCCAUUCUUACUUUUCGAAGACUCGAAAAUGUCUCCUCCAGCUGGUUAUCCAGAUCAUCCACACAGAGGAUUUGAAGUCUUGUUUUAUAUUAUUGGUGGAAAAGUCCGUCAUGAAAAUUUUUCUGGUUGUGAUUCAAUACUGGAACAAGGUGACAUGCUGUUUAUUUCUGCGGGCAAAGGUGUUAUGCAUUCAGAACUUCCUGUGGGAGAAUCACACGAAGUUCAAUUGUGGGUUAACAUGAAAAAUAAUGACAAAAUGUGUGAUAUGGCUUAUCAUGAAGUUUUAAAAAGUGAUAUCCCUACUAAAACAAAAGAGGGCAUAACAGCAAAAGUAUUGCUAGGCGAAGCAUUGGGUACUAAGUCUGAAGUAAAAACUAGGACACCUGUUUCGUUUGUUGAUUUUUUUCUGGAGCCAAACACUGCCUACAAUCAAACUGUUCCAGAAAAUUGGACUUGUCUUGUUUAUGUUCUUGAAGGAUGCAUUGAUGUUUCAGAUACAAAAGUAUUACAAUAUCAUUGCGCAUUCCUAAGCGAAGGUUCAUCAGUCACAUUUAGAAAUGAUUCUGGAUGUAAUUCUAGGUUUAUUUUUGUGUCUGGACAGCCUGUGAAUGAACCAGUGCACAGAAAUGAACAAUUUGUAAUGAAUACAAAGGAGCAGUUAGACCAAGCAAUGAUGGAAUUCAAAGAGUUUAAAAAUGGCUUUGAAAAAGGAAAAACUUGGAAAGGUUCUUCAAAAAGAUAA